AAGAUAACAUCAUUCAUGUGUUUCAUUUGUCAAUAGAAGAUAUCAAAACAAAAACAGAUUGGUGGUCAGAAUUUGAAAGGACAAAUUACAGUUUCCCAUUUCUACUUCUCAUCUCAUCCUCUACCAUCAUCUUUCCCAAAUCCAAAGUUCUUGAAAAAAAAUCAAAACCAUGGCUUCUGCUUCUUCCUUUCAACUCUCAAGCCUUCAAAUUCAAACCCCACCUCUUAAAAAAUCAAACUUUCUUGGUCAAUCUGUCAAUCUCAACCUCAGUAGUAGUGUUCAUACCAAAUCAGCUAUGAAAUCAUCUUCAAACUCAGUUACACCAAUAGCAAAAUUCAAUCUUUAUGAGAUUCUUGGAGGUAGAGGUCUGUGUAAUGGAGAAGAGGGUAUAGAGAAAGAGCUAAAAAAGUCGAUUUCCGAAGAACAAAAGGCAGUAGGAUCAGCAGCAGCAGCAGCUAGUGAUGAUGAUAAUCAAGAAAACAAGGAGACUGGGGAGAUACCGGAGGACGGAUUUGAGAAAGAAAUGAUGGGGUUUACUGGCGGAUUUCCGGGAGGUGAGAAGGGUCUAAUGAAAUUUAUAGAGAAAAAUCCACCACCACCACCACCCAAGAAAACAGAAUCAAGUAUGGUUUCUGGUUUUAAUCAAAGUCUUGUGAAGAAACCAAAGCCACCUGAAUUGCCACUUUUGUUACCUGGGAUGAUUGCUAUUGUCAAGAAUUCUAAUAAUCCAUAUUAUAUGUAUUGUGGGAUUGUGCAGAGGAUUACUGAUGGUAAGGCUGCUGUGCUUUUUGAAGGUGGGAACUGGGAUAGGUUGAUAUCUUUCAGGCUCGAAGAACUCGAACGUAGAGAGAAAGGACCGCCAAUGGUGAAUCUUAAGUCUGUGAUACUUGAGAAGAUGGUAGAAAAGAGCUCUGAAGCUUGAAUUGCUUCAGUUUUUGAGUAGAUUGUUUGUUCUUUUGUCUUUUGGGUUGUUGUACAUACAAGCUGUAAGUUUUGUAAUGGCAAUGGCAUGUAAUAAGAAAUGCAGAAAAACUUUUGUGCAGGAA